CCCCGCGCAGCGGCGGCGCGGAGCGGCCGCGGGGCCCGGCGGGCGGCGGAGCGCAGGGGCGCGGCCCCCCCGGGACCCGCAGCCCCCGGCCAUGGACUGGGCAGCCCUGGAGAGGCACCUGGCCGGGCUGCAGUGCCGGGAGCAGGAGCGCAAGGCGCGGGCCAGCCCCGCCUCGGCCCAGAAGAAUGAGCGUGAGUCCAUCAGGCAGAAGUUGGCUCUGGGCAGUUUCUUCGACGAUGGCCCCGGGCUCUACACGAGCUGCAGCAAGAGCGGCAAGCCCAGCCUGUCCUCCCGGCUACAGAGCGGGAUGAACCUGCAGAUCUGCUUCGUCAACGACAGCGGCAGCGACAAGGACAGCGACGGCGAUGACAGCAAGACAGAGACCAGCCUGGACACGCCCUUGUCACCCAUGAGCAAGCAGAGCUCGUCCUACUCGGACAGAGACACGACGGAGGAGGAGUCGGAGUCCCUGGAUGACAUGGAUUUCCUCAGCAGGCAGAAGAAGCUCCAGGCUGAAGCCAAGAUGGCCUUGGCGAUGGCAAAGCCCAUGGCCAAGAUGCAGGUGGAGGUGGAGAAGCAGAACAGGAAGAAGUCGCCGGUGGCAGAUCUUCUGCCACAUAUGCCUCACAUAAGUGAAUGCCUGAUGAAGAGGAGUUUGAAACCCGCUGACCUGAGGGACAUGACCAUCGGGCAGCUCCAGGUGAUAGUCAACGACCUGCACUCCCAGAUCGAGAGCUUGAACGAGGAGCUGGUGCAGCUGCUGCUGAUCCGGGACGAGCUGCACACGGAGCAGGAUGCCAUGCUGGUGGACAUCGAGGACCUCACCAGAUGUUGGCGAACCCAAUGGGAAGAAUGAUGAUGUCUAACUCUAUUUCAGAAGGCUGAAUGAUUGCUUUAUUAUAAUUAUGUUAUAAUACAUUAAUAUGCUAUAUAAAAGAGGAUACUAAAUACUACAUGCUACUUUCUCUAACUAUCAUAUCUCACUCACUCACAACUCGUGACCCUGUUCUCCAGAGCCCAGAUUGGCUCUCAGGCUCAAACAAUCCACCAUGGUCUAACCAAGUGAUCACUUCAGGUAAACAAUUCUCCAAACACAUUCCACAAGAGAAAAACAAGGAGCAGAAAUAGAAAUUGUUUUCUCUUUCAUUUCUCUCUGUGCACCCCAAUAAAAAAUCCUGAGAGAGAGAGAGAGAGAAAUGUGCUUGCCACAGUGGUUUUCCCUGGGAAAACACCAUUCCCAGCUGGCUGCUUUCCCAGCUUUUCCUUGGAAACCAGGGAUUAACAGCCCCUUGCUGUCCCCAGGCACGCCGAGAGCCAGCAGAAGCACCUGGCAGAGAAGAUGCCAGCCAAGUGAAUCCCUCCUCCUGCCUCUGUCCUGCCCAGGGAAUUCCCAGUGUUGCUCCAUUGACCAUGUCCCAAGCUUUCUGUCUGGUGAUUGGCCUCUGCUUCUUAAUUUAUUUUAAUUUUUUUACUCGUGCCACUAAAUAUCAGGCAUUUUAAUAAUAAUAAUAAUAAUAAUAAUAUUAUUAUUACAGAAACAAAGAGAAUUGUACAGUACUUAUAACAUUAUAAAUCAUGGGCGAGAAGAGAGGGUAGCUUAACUUUAUUUUUGGUCGUUUUAGAGAUUUUUUUUUUUUAUUUUAUUUUUUUUUUUUUUGGGGUUGGAAGAUAUUUUACCAUUGACUACUUUUUUAUUCCUCACUGUAGUUUUGAAAUAAAAGAACCUGUUCUUGACGGUGCUAUACAAGCCAACAAAAAAAUCCAUGCCUGCCUCGUGGUGACGUCGUAGCUUUCAGUAAUCUGUACAUUUUACUCAGUUCUCAGCAUUUUGGGGAAUGUUGGCUACCUGACAUUCAUUUUUAGGUGUGCUGUUAACACUCGGUGGGGUGCAGAGAGUUGGAAGUUUUCUGUAUAAAGCUGUAAAAUAAAAAUUACCACCAUUGUUUCCUA